GGCGGAAUUUUUGUGUGAGUUAGCAACGAAUGUUUUGUUCAAAUAUGCCAAGAAAAUCUCUUAAAACAGACUUCGUUUUCUUCAAACUGUCGCAUCAAACAUGGAAGAGCGUGUAGGACCUCUUACUUUCUUUUCAAACUUUGAUUCUGGGAACUUGUCGAAGGUAGAACGAGUUAAACAAGACCCAGAUGAAGUUGAUGAAGACUCGGACCUUCCUCCUUACUCAGCUCCAGAUUAUGAAUACAAUGUGUGGACUUGGCCAGACGCUGUAGGAACUGAGUAUGAAAAUCUAAAUAGGACAUGGUUUCAUUUUGGCGUGAAAGGUGGCACUCCGGGAAAGCUACUAAAGAUCAAUAUUAUGAAUUUGAACAGACAAGGGAAAUUAUACAAUCAAGGCAUGAGCCCAUUUGUGAAGAUUGUCCCUGGUCGAAAUAAGUGGGAACGAAUUCGCGAUCGACCUACAUGUGAGACUGUUGAUGGACAAUUUCACCUCUCCUUCACAUAUCGCUUCCCAGAGCAACGGAAUUCCAUACACUAUUUUGCGUUUUGUUAUCCCUACUCCUACGCUCAACUACAAUCACAUUUGGACUCAUUAGAUGUGAUUUACAUGUCGUGCAAGAAGAUGACUCCUAGAAAUUCAAGUGCAGACAUUUACUACUACCGUGAAUUGCUUUGUAAAUCUCUGGAUGAUCUUAGACUUGACCUUUUAACUGUAACAUCAUGUAAAGGGAUGGUGGAGGAAAGAGAAGAUAGACUUGAGGGGUUGUUUCCUAAUACUGAUACACCAAGGGCUCAUAGAUUCAAAGGAAAGAAGGUAUAUUUUUUAAGUGCUCGAGUUCAUCCUGGAGAAACUCCAGCAAGUUUUGUCUUCAAUGGAUUCCUAGACUUUAUUCUAAGACGUGAUGAUCCAAGGGCAAUGAUGUUACGUGAAAAGUAUGUUUUCAAGUUGAUACCUAUGUUAAACCCUGAUGGUGUCAAACGAGGCCAUUAUAGAACUGAUUCUAGGGGAGUGAACCUUAAUCGUGUGUACUUGGAUCCUGAUCCAGUGUUACACCCUUCAAUUUAUGCUGCCAAAGCUGUAAUAAUGUACCAUCACUCAAAGGGAGAACAGGACAUUAUAAAUAAAGUCUGCACAUGUGAACCUAGGAAUGACGCAGUGGAAAAAAUGGACUCUGAGAAACAGGAUGACAUUGAUAGCACUUUAGCUUCGUUGACUCAAUCAUGUGAUUUAAAUGACAAUAAUUUAGCAGAACUUGGUGAGAGAUUGCCACCUGACGGCAUGGAAAAUCAUGGUGAUGAUAGCCACAAAGUAGCAUCUGAUGAUAGAAUGACCAUUGUUUCAGCUGAGUCUCCAGACCACGAUAGCAAUAAAAAUGAAAUCAGUGACCCAAGGAACCCAUUCAUUCAAAACAGCUCUGUUUAUGAGGAAAAUGUUGAAAAUAAUAAAACAACUGAACAGAAAAAAUUAUACUGCACACCUAAAGAGAAUGUUGACAGAAGACUUAGUAGUGUUGCGUCUGACAUGAACGGCAAUAUAGACCUUUGCAGGUGUUUUUCAGAGAUCCAUAACAAUGCUAAGGAAAGCCCUCUUGAAUACUAUGUUGAUCUUCAUGGCCAUGCUUCAAAAAGAGGUUGCUUUGUGUAUGCUAACUAUCUAGAAAAUGAAGAUGGUUAUAUCCAGUCUAUACUUUACCCUAAAUUAAUGUCCAUCAACUCUGCUAACUUUGACUUUACUGGGUGUAACUUUACUGAGAAGAACAUGUACACCAAAGACAAGCGUGAUGGUAUGUCAAAAGAAGGCAGUGGUCGGGUGGCUAUUUUUAAAGCAACCUCCAUUGUUCAUAGCUACACACUAGAAUGUAACUACAACAGUGGCCGUAUGCUUAAUCCAGURCCUCCUGCAACAUGCGACAGUGGUAGAGCAACUCCACCCCCACCACCUGGAUUCCCACCCAAGUUUACCACAGAAAUUUAUGAAGAGGUUGGUCGUUCCUUGGCAGUUUCAGUGUUAGACAUGAACAACUGCAAUCCAUGGACACGUCUGCCGAUGAGUGAGUUUGGCUCACUGGAAGGAGUAAGAAACUGGGUAAAAAGGUUCAUCAGAAGUGCUAAGAAUGCUCCUUCUAUUCCUAAGAAACUAUCAAGGGUUGCUGCAAAAACAUCUAGCUUAGUUGCUGGUGCAACAGCUGGCACUCGUCAGAAAAUAACGUCAUCAUUCAAAAGUCCAUCUUCCGGUGAUCUGUCAAGUGAAGGUCUGUCAGCAGCUGCACAGAAGGUUACUGAAAGGAUGACGCAAAAUGUCAAUGCAAUGAAGAAAGGGCUGGAAGAACCAAAGCCUCCUAAACGGAUUCACAGUCUUGCUGCUCCAAGACGUUUGUCUCAUCCAGCUUCAAAUAGUGCAUCCAUCAAAUCUGGUUCUAAUGGUGUGAAGACUAUUCCUGGAAUUAAUGGAGGGGUACAGGUGCAUAAGAGUAAAGAACAGUUAAGGGUGUCUUUGGAUCUUCCUAAAAAAGGUCCUUCGCUAAGAAUACCCAAGCCCAACCAUCUUCUUGCUUCUAAUAUCAAAGCCAUAUCUUGUCCUGCUGAUCUAAGAAUAGGGAGAACUAACCAGGUUGAGAUUCAUAAUCAGUUUAUUGGUUUUCAAACAAGAAGAGUAAUACCAGAGCAAACAACAGCAAGUUGUGAAGCUGUUAGUGAUGAAGAGAAGAAAAGAAAAGCAGUGAUGUUGAAAAAGAAAACUCCUAAGAAAAAAGGUUUUAAACCUUCUGACAGCAAAGUAAAUGAAGAACUUUGCAAGACUCUGGCUGAACCACCACCCCUGAGCAGAAAGCAGGAAGAGCAAACAAGACCAAGAAUGUCCAGUGAUCAAGGUAGUUCAUUUAGAAAAGGAAGUGCACUUUUACAAAGAUCAAAUUCUAAAAACAAGAAAUUGAUAAGUAAUGGCAUGACCUCGUGUGAAGCAGUAGACAUAGCAAACCUUCAACAACAGUCAAGUAGUCAGUCUGUUGGCUACUGGGUGGAACUACAUGACUUAAGCACAAUGUCACACUGACAUCAAUAAAUCAUAGCAGAGCUGAGUAAAAUGUUAUCUAAGAAAUUGUGUUCAAACUGUUAAAAUAGUUAGAAAGGUUUUGAAUUGUAUAAAUACUAUAAUAUAUGGAACUAUAAUUACUACGUCAGUGUUAUAAAGAGAGGUAUUGUAAAAUAAUUUGUGAUACUAUGAUAUGGGUUAUGUUUUAAGAAUAUUAUUUUUGAAUGAAUAUAGUUUGGAAUUGUUAAGAGAUUGAAAUAAAUAUUUAUACAAAAUAUUGUGUUCCAUCAUAUGUUGUUGCUCAAAAAUGCUAUCAGCUCAUGCUAAUGAUUGGCUAUUCAAAUUGUACUAAGUUUAAAGUUUUUCUCCUUUCACACAAAAAAAUAUAAUGAAAUAAAAAUAUGAAGC